AUGGAGGGUACUGCAAACUUGGUAGUGUAUCGCGACGGUGAGAUAAUACGUAAUACUCAUGAGGGAGUGAGGUUUGUGUGCCAGAAUCCAUUUUCGUUUGUGGUUCCAUGCACCAUGACAUUUAUGGAACUUCGGAAUGGUCUCUGUCAAAGCAUGGAGAACGGUACGUUAAUGAGAGUAAGCAGAAUUCUGUACCGUAAUCCGGUUGUAGUUUUUGGUGACCUAAUGCAGUUUGAUACCAUGCCAAUCACUGACGAAGUGACUAUGCAUAAUAUGUUUCAAAUUCACCGGCAGACUCAGAUGCGACAUCCCCAUAUUGAGCUGUAUGUUGAGUUUGAAACCGAAGUGGCGGAAGGGAUUGAAAAUGACUUAGAGGUGGAGGAUGAUAGAGCUGCAGUGUACGAGGAAAUGAAUAGUGACAGCGAAGAGGACUUCGAAGCCACUUAUGAAGUCGGCGACGAAGACGAGGAUGGUGAUGUGGGAGUUGAGACAGCAGCUGAUAAUGUAGUGGUUCACCCAUCGAUCAGUCAACCGAUGAACGUGCCACCUUUUAUGCGUGAGUUGGAUCUCGACGCCAUGCAUGCACCGGAGUUUCCGGAAUAUUCAAACAUAGGCGUUGCUGAUCCCGAGGACGGAGAGUUCCGCAUUGGAGUGGAAUACAGUUCUAGAAAGUCAGUCGUGGCAGCAAUUAGAAGUUACACUAUUGCUAGAGGAGUUGACUACGACGUGUAUGAGUCUGAGCCACAGACGUUCUAUGCAAAGUGCAAGAUGUAUGGGCGCGGGUGCGACUGGCUUAUCCGAGCCAGCUUGAUACGGAAAAAAGGGUAUUGGGAGAUACGCAGAUACAACGGUAGGCACACGUGCACGAUGGGAGUGAUUUCACAAGAUCAUGCCAAGUUGGACUCGGACACAGUGGCUGAGGCUAUAAGGCCAUUGGUCGAGACUGAUCCGUCCAUAAAGGUGAAAACUAUAAUAGCCGAAGUCCAGUCAAGGUUCAACUAUACCAUCAGUUACCGAAAGGCUUGGUUGGCAAAGCAGAAGUCCAUAGCGAAAGUUUUCGGUGAUUGGGAGGAGAGUUACCAAGCCUUGCCAUGGUGGCUCUCGGUUAUGAUUCAGAAGAUGCCUGGGUCAGUUGUCCAAAUAGAAACACGACCGCUGUUUAACGGGAAUGAGGAGGCGCAAGGGGUAAAAAUACUUCAUCGCGUAUUCUGGAGUUUCAAUCCAUGCGUUAGGGCAUUUAGGCAUUGCAAGCCCCUAGUUCAGGUAGAUGGAACACACCUAUAUGGAAAGUACAAAGGUACACUUCUGGUAGCUGUUGCACAGGAUGGGAACCAAAACAUUGUGCCUAUCGCUUUUGCCUUGGUGGAAGGGGAGACAGCUGAUGCGUGGCACUUCUUUCUAAGGAAUCUGCGAAUGCAUGUUGUCAGAAAAGAUGGUGUGGGUAUGAUCUCGGACCGGCAUGAGUCAAUUCGAGCAGCAGUAAAUCGUCUCAGCAGGUGGAAGGAUAUGUCUCGGUACAGGCGCAAUACACGGCAUUCGCUCCCACGCCCAAACAAACAACAGAUUAAGAGGGCCAUCCAUCUCCUUCGUAUCAUAUCGUGA